AAUUGAACUAUGUAAAAAGCCAUUAAUUGCAGCCAUAAAUGGUUAUGCAGUCGGAGUAGGAUUUGAACUUGCUUUAAUGUGUGAUUUAAGGGUAAUGGAGGAAAGUGCAGUAAUGGGAUUUCUAAAUAGGCGUUAUGGCAUUCCUAUAUUGUGUGGUGGUACUGUUCGUUUGCCAGCUUUGAUCGGCUAUUCAAGAGCAAUGGAAGUCAUUUUAACUGGUCGUGCUAUUUUUGCAAAAGAAGCAUUUAAUUGGGGUUUAGCUAAUCGAUACACAGUUCCUGGUGCAGUCAUAGGCACUGCAGUUAAUUUAGCUAAAUCAUUAGUUAAAUUUCCUCAAAAAGUAAUGCUCGCAGAUCGUGCAUCAGCAAAUUAUGCUACAUUUUCUGCUAAACAAUUAGAAGAGGCUUUACAAUUUGAAAAGAAUAAUAGUUCUCAUCUACUAUUCGAGGAUGGCGUGAAUGGGGCAAAACGAUUCGUAGCAGAAGGAUUAGGAAAACAUGGAAAGUUCUAUGAUAUAACUCCACAAGAUAUGACUAUCGAUGAACUUGAUAAAAACCUUUUGUGAAAAAUUGUCUUACUUUAUGUAAAUAUCAUUAUUUUAUAUAUAAAGAUUUAAAAUAUAUGUUCAAUAUAAUUUUAUUAGUUUAUUAUAACUAGUUGUGUGGAAUCUUAUUUUUGUUGUUGUUUUUCUUUACUGUAGAUUUAACAGAAGGUGCCGUCUUGUUUGUAAUUUGAGUUUUUAAUAUUAUGUCUGUGCAUUUUUUUGCAUCCUUUCCACUCAGAAGUGGCAAGAAAUUUACGAUCUUACCAUCUGUGUCCUCUGUGAAUGAGAUAUUUAAGUUAAAUAGUAUUUUGAGUAAGGAUGCUAUACUUACGUUCAUACAUGACUAUCAAGUAAGUUAAACCUGCUUGGAAGAUGCUCAAACCAGAAGCAUGAGGCUCAUAGAGUGAAACGUUUUUUAGACGACAAUGAUCUUCAUCACAUAAGUCGAAUUCAUCUGGUAGUAUUUAUAUUAUUGUAUUGCCACAGCAAAAAUAGUUUGAGACUUUUAUCUCA